CAGCCUCGCCGAAACACCCCCGAGGACGCGGACGGAGCCAGGAUUAGUCGCCCGUCCGGUCCGCCGCGUGGGCGGCUCGCUCGGCUGGACUCUUCCCCUCUCCUCCCACUGCGACCCCGCGUCACCGCCGACGGACGGAGCAAUCGAGGGGGUGAGGGGAAAACCGCGGCCGCCCGCCCGCCUGAUCGAGCCGAAACCAGGAGCCGCGCGGCGCACGCCAUGGCAGCAGGUAGUAAUCUGCCACCAAAGCCGUGGGAACGUGCGGGAGCUUCAUCUGGUCCAGCACCUUUUAAGCCCCCAUCCGGAGGUACCACUAAUGAAGUUGUUGAAGCUUCUGGGACAGCGAAGCAUGGAGAAAUUGUUUCUGCUACAGGGAACAAUGUCACUUCCAAUGUAACCAGCAACAUCUCAAGGCCUGUUCCGCCAAGGCCAUGGCAGCAGCAAGGCUAUGGAAAUUCUUAUGGGGGUUAUGGCUCUAAUAUGUAUAGCUCUUAUGGCGGAUUUAAUGGGACCUAUGGAAACAACAUGUAUUCAGGUUAUGGAGGAGGUUAUGGUACUACGUAUGGAGGUUAUGGUGGGCCAAUGUAUAACGGUGGAACGGGAGGACCCUAUGGUGGUUAUGGCAUGGGCAUGGGUCCUUACAAUCAGGGUCCAAAUUCAUUUGGCCCUCCUGCACCACCUCCUGGAUUCUGGGUGUCCUUCCUACGAGUGAUGCAUGGUGUUGUAAAUUUCUGUGGGCGGGUUAGCUUCCUGGUUAGCCAGAACACUCAGGCAUUCCACAUGUUCAUUACUGCACUUUUGCAGCUAUGUGAUCGGGCUGGAAUGCUUUAUGGUGAGCUUGCAAGAUUUGUUUUACGUUUGCUGGGGAUCAAAACAAAACCAAAGAAGGGUGGUGUUAAGGGCAGUGGAGCUCCGCCAUUGGAGGGAACAAGCCAGCAGUUUGUUGAGGCACCGAAAGCUACCAACAGCUCAUGGGACAGCGUCUGGACUGAGAAUGGCAAGGGGAAGUAAGGGCCCCAUUGGUGUGCAGCUAGACAAUUUUUUGUGAAAGGAGGAUAAUGAGUUUGCUUGUGGGAAGAGAAAUCUGCUGAUAUCUGUUCAGAUGCAUUUUGCAUUUGGGUUAGAAGGCAAAACAAGUAAUCCCUAAUGCUCUUUGCAUUUGUCAUGUUGUUCCCUAGUACACAUAGAUCUGUUAUGGCGGUAGUUAGUCUGCCAUGAGAAAUGUGAGCUGGUAAAAUAUGCAUUUCCUAAAAAUGGCGUGGCAGUACCCUGUACUGAGAAAGUGGAAACAAUACAGAGGGUCCUUUAUUUAGCGUGUUGCUAAAUAAAAAGGAGUUCAUUUUAUCGAGGCUUAUGUACUGUACUGCCUGUUCAUGGGAUAUAACAUUAUGGAAUUAUUUCUA